UUUUGCGAAGUGACACAGCACAAACAAACCCAUUUACAAUUUACAAACAAACAAGCAAACAAAAAAGUGGUUUCUCUUCUUUUCACCAAGCAAGGAUUGGAUCUCUCUCUCUCUCUCUCUCUGCACAAGUCAACACUCGGUUUUAUUAUAUACCCAUUAAAUUCCUUCAAUCUCUUCCUUUCAUUCACUCAUCACAUAAUAGUCUCAAAACCCCCCGUUUUCUUUGAUAAGCUUCUUUAAAGAUCUACGAGUUUCAGAAACUGUUUGAUAGCGCAACCAUGGAUGUUGUGAGUCAGUUGCAGAGACAGUUCGUUGAUCACACGACAUCUCUGUAUCGCGAGGGUUUCUUGGAUGAUCAGUUUACACAGCUUCAGAAACUCCAAGAUGAUAGCAACCCAGAGUUUGUGGUUGAAGUUGUGUCUCUCUUCUUUGAAGAUUCUCAGAAGCUUCUCAACAAUUUGGCCUCUGCUCUACAACAACAGAUUGUAGAUUACAAACAGGUCGAUGCCCAUGUCCACCAGUUCAAGGGUAGUAGUUCUAGCAUAGGUGCACAGAGAGUCAAAAAUGUGUGUGUUGGCUUCAGAAACUGCUGUGAGGAGAAAAAUCUUGAUGGGUGUGUGAGAUUUCUGCAACUAUUGGAACAUGAAUACACUCUUGUGAAGAGCAAGCUUGAAACUCUCUUCGGGCUGGAGCAAAAAAUCUUGGCAGCUGGUGGGUCGGUUCCGAUGAUGGCAUAAGUAGAACUUAUUUCAUCUCCAAACCUGUUGGAAAAAAGAAAAAGAGAGAGAUUGUGAACGGUUAAUGCUAUGGAGGAGCUUUUUAUGAGUUUUUUUGGCUUUUGAGUUGCUAGGGGAUUAUGUUAGAUGUAGGUUUAAAGCUUUGUAUGAAAAAGAUUAGCUAUGGUGUGAAUAAGCAUUUCUACCCCCUAUGCUUCCCCAAAAACCUACUUUCAACAUUGCAAAGCUAUAAUCUCUUUUUUCGCUGUUAAAUGAUUUUAUAUCUAUUUUUUUAUCAGAUGGGUGAAAAUUUUAUA